UCGGAGUUUUGAGUGACUAUAUCCGGUGGACGCUGUACAACAGUGAUAACUAAAAAACAAGAAUCUAUUUUUAACUUCGACCGUCCUACAUUUUAAUCAAUAGGCAUUGACCUAGAAUAUUAAGUACACUUCAACAAGUAUUCACUAUUUUCGAUUUACUUUUUAUCAACCCGGAUGCAAACGAUGGAAAAUAAACCAGAGACAAACAAGGAGAAAUUUUCUAACUGGCUCCAAGGCGUUCAUGCUUUGAACUUGACAAAAGCGGCAUUCCAUGAAUACGUAAUGGAAGAAUGGAAAAAAGAAGUAUUGUCCUGGAAAAAAGAUAUUCCAAACAUGAAAGACAGCUUUCCGAUCUUUCUAAAAUGUGUUGCCAAAAAUAGGAUUAAAGUUGAGAAAGUUGCAAAUAAUUCUAAAAAGAAAUCGAAAACAGGAAAAUGGCGGUGCGUUUGUGAUCAUCCCGAAGAAUGCAAUAAGAUUCUUGAUAAAAUUCUUGCACUGCAGCAAAAGCAAGAAUUUAAUAUCGUUUGGACCAGUAACCUAUGCGAGAGGCAAGCAAAGAAAAACAAAGAAACAAUGGUCAACAACGAAGGAGCAAACAUAUCAGAGAACAUACCAAAAGCAUCGAAAGAAGGAUUGAAAUCAAUUUGGCACUUUCUUUAUGAUUGGGUCUCGACAUUAGGCUCGCAGACUGAGUCAACUGCUAUAGAAUACAACGAUAUAUUUGACGGGUGUGAUCAAACACAUAUCUGGUGCAUUGCAAACAUGUUUAUGCAGCAUGGAAAGGCCAAAACAAAUAUUGCAAAUACCGGACCAGGCGAUACGGAUGCUUCGAUGUUCUUGAAGAUGAUGAAAAACUGCAAGCUAUUUGCUCUAGAAAAUGAAGACUUUCUUUAUGACGAAGUGAUUUGGUCAAGAGACAAGCUCCAUCAUUCUGCAAAUAGCCGAAUUAGUCAGAAGGUAAAGCAAGUUCACCUUACAAAUAUGACUAACCUGCUAGAAAAAUUUGAGAACGUGCCUACAUGCGAAGAUACCAUUAAAGAAAUCGAAAAGAUGCAAAAGGAAACAGUCAUGUCUAUGGCAGUGAAGCAAACGAUCAAUAAACUUACUAAAGAGGCACUCCAAACGAAAAUAAAAGCCCUUGAAGUAGAUAACGAGAUAACAAAAUCACUUGGUUUUAGAGACGAAGAAAUUGAAAGAAUGAUAGGUGACACAACUGCAGAAUACGCUAAUGCGGGAAAUCAAUCAACUGAAUCUGAUGCUUACGUAACAUCUGGUCAAGCGGAAGAAGAGGUAGACGCUGGUCAAUCCGAUGAAGAUGUAGACGAGAAAGCAAAAGAGAAAUUUGUCAAUAAUAUGAAGAUCAUAGCAUCAAUAGACAUUGAUAAUCCUAAUUUGUCUGAAGCCACUAAAAGAGAACUGAUAACGAUGGUCAAUAAGGUUGCUGAGAAUGAUGAGCACAUCAAAGAAAAAGUAAAUGAAGUCAUGUCACAGGAAAGAAAAGAUAAAAACGAUAAAAUGCAAGGAGAAAGCAACGCCACCGAAGGUACAUGGUCGCCAGCACCGUGUAAUAUUUUAGAAGGCAUUGACAGCGAUAUGCAAGUUGGGCAAGUUUGCAAACUAAAAGUGACCACGAAAUCUACCAGACAUGAUUACCUCACAUGGUGUCGAAUUUCUACAGAUGAGUUAUUAGUAGCUGACCGAAUAAACAAAAGAGUUAUCAAAUUCGACAGCCAGUUCAAAUUAGUAUCGUGUCUACGUCUCAAUGAUUUGCCAUACAAUAUCUGUUACAUACAUGAUAGGAAACUUGCAGCACUUCUUCUUGAUACAGAAAUAGUCUUCCUAGACGUAAAGGAUGGUAUGAAAAUCAUGUUUUCAGUAGCAAAAAAACACAACUGCGUAGGAAUGCACUAUCAUGCUGAUCAGUUGUAUAUGAUUGACUCUAACACUGUCUAUGUUUAUGAUCUGGAAGGUAAUAUGCAACGUGUUUUGUACACCAACAAAGCUGAAAACAAUGCUUUUAGGAAUCUUACACUUAGCAAAGACAAUCAACUUAUCUACAUUACUUGCCUCUAUAACGGCCUUAUUACAAUUGACAUGUCUGGAAACCUCAUCGGAACAUAUAAAGAUUCUGACUAUUGGAGUGCAUGGGGAGUGAGUGUUGAUGAGGCUGGAAAUGUCCUAGUAUGCGGCUAUACUUCGCAAAUUAUUGUUCGGUUAAGUUCGGACGGCCAGAGAAAGGUUAAUGCCAUAGAUAACAAAUCAGAGGAAGAAGUUACAGUGACAACGUUGUUCUUUGACAAACAGACAGGUUUGCUACUAGCUUCAGGGUCUUCAGGGAGCAUUAAUGUUUUAAAGUUGUAGUAUGGUAUCCGCCAUAUUGGAAUCAUACAUGUGGGCUUAGUAAGAUAACUUUGUCUUAUUUCGCUUAUGAACAAUUAUAAGAUAUAUAGUUUAAAAUGAAGCAAAUGUUUUAUUUUAUAUUGUACAUUGCAGUGUUAGUUUUGAUAGAUCAAUAAAUCAAUGCUUACCAUCAACAGUUUUUCCUUAUUUGAACGAAAGUCUGCAUUAUUGAUCAAUUGCUUCCUUUUGAUGAAUUCCAUAAAAUAAAGUACCCAUUUCCUUUCAUUUCUAGAAUAAGAAUAUAUUUCGAAUACAUUGACGGUUGAUAUGUACGCAUCACAAAAGAUUGGGUUUACAUGUAUAUGAAAAUCUAUUUGCAAAGAAUAUAACACUGGUUUAUUUUCUAUAAAGUUAAGAAAGUCAUAAUUUGCAUCAAAAGGGUUUCCAUAAAGUGCGAAUUUAGAGCAACGAUC